AUGGCCGACAGUGAUUUGCAUAUUGCAGACGAAGUCUUGAACGAAGGACAAGGACUAGAAGGUGUUAAUACUAUCGGUAAAAAAGGAGAAGAGGAGGAACAUCCUUGGCCAUUUUUGAAGUCAAUGUUUCGCUACAAUGGAAGAGUGGGAAGAGAGAACAAGAGCAUCAAAUUCAUAUGUUGCCUUUGCUCGCCACUUGUUAGAGAGAUAUCUGCGUUCAUUUCGUCGCCUUCAAACCUAAGAAAACAUGUACAGGUAAGCUGUUUUAUGCCUUUGUCUGUUUGGUAAUGGUAGGGUUCUAAAAACUUGAAAUUGCCACCCGGGAAUUCAUCGGAUGUAGUGUAG